AUGCAGAUCUUCAUGUAUAACUCAGACGACUUUGACAGUCUUAACACAGCCAUACGGGAGAAGCGAGUAAUUGCGGCCAUGGCUGUCUUCUUUCAGGUGGGGAUGAAGGACAAUCCUGCAGUAGAUCCGAUUAUUCAUGGACUAAGAGGAGUGGUUCAUCACGAAAAAGAGACAUUUCUAGAGCCCUUCGUGCUCAGAGACUUGUUGCCGUCCUCCAUCGGAAGCUACUACCGUUACAUCGGCUCUUUGACCACGCCGCCCUGCAGUAAAGUGGUGGAGUGGAUCGUCUUCAGUCGGCCCGUGUUCCUCUCCUACAAACAGGUAAGUCUAUACUACACAUAUGAAGCAUGCAGCAGUGCCCCGAUCAACAUGAACGUCCAGCACAUGAACAAGACGGCGCUUUUCGUUCGAUGGUCCCGUCCGGAGAUCACCUACGAUCCACCCAUCAUCAGCUACCACAUUUCCUACAGCUGGACCAGAAACGACGAGUCAUAUGAGGAGACAUACGUCAAAGGGAGUGAUCAGAAACUGGAGGCCGUCAUCGCACCGGUGUCGUCGGAUGUGCUGUACCUGUUCCGCGUCCAGGCGGUGUGUUUGAAUGACAAGCGCAGUGACUUCAGCCAGAGCAUGCUCUUCAGAGCCAACACCACCAGGAUAUUUGAGGGCACAAGAAUAGUCAAAACUGGAAUGCCAACUGUGUCCCCAGCAUCCUCUGCAGACAUGGCACCCAUCAGCUCCGGCUCCUCCACUUGGACUUCCUCUGGUCUUCCGUUCUCCUUCGUUUCAAUGGCUACCGGCAUCGGCCCCUCUUCCAGCGGCAGCCAAGCGACGGUGGCGUCUGUGGUGACCAGUACCCUCCUGGCGGGGUUGGGUUUCAGUGGUGGGGUCAUCUCCUCCUUCCCCAGCUCCGUCUGGCCCACAAGGCCUCCGCCCUCCAGCCGCCAGAUCCCAGCCAAACCCAUGGUGACCACCACAGAAGCGCCCUCCUCACCGGCCUCCGACGCAGACGCCACCGCAGCCGCAGAGAACGACGGAUCUGACGACGGAGGAGAUAAGGGAGGAAAGGGUGAGGAUGAGGAUGCAGAAAAGAACGGAGAAGAAGAAGAGGAAGAGGAUGAGGAGAAAAGUGCCGAGAGUAAAGAUGCCAGAGUUCCAGACGAUGUUGAAAAGCAGACCAACGGAUCCGUGACAAAAGAUCCGCCCACAGCAGCGCCGGAUUCAACGGCGAAAGAGAAAGGAGAAAACCGGAGGCCAGAAAAUUCCACAGUGCCAUCUAGUGUCCCGGAGGAUCAUCUGGAGAAAAACACACACACAUUAAAGGAAGAAAACACACAGGUGCUGCCAACCAGAGAUCCAGUGGCUGAUGAUAAUGUGACGGCAGUAAUAGAGACCCCAGACAACACGGCUUAUACCAGCAAACCCAGCAGAGAAGACCGCAAACACGUGCCUCCUUUCUCUAUACUUACAGAGCGCACCAUAGUCUCCAGCAUGCACCCUGUGCCUGCUUCAGCACGGAUGGAGUGGAUUAUUCCUCUGGUGGUGGUGUCGGCGCUCACCUUCCUCUGCCUCAUUCUGCUGCUGGCCGUCCUCGUUUACUGGAGGUGAGACACUCAUCCACACUGACGCUUUCAGACUCAAUGAAUCUCUGACAAACUGACUGACUGCUGGAGUCACACUGAUGAAUCACUGAU